AUGAGAGAGUGCGCCGAGCGACGGGAGGAGAAGAGACAGAAGAACAAUGCUGACCUAGAAGCCAACACCCCCAGUGAUCUCAUAGACAUGCUGCCAGCAUACCUCUGGCACAAAGUUUUCAGCUAUCUGCUGCUGCCACCCGGCUCCUCCCACCCCGAGACUCCCCUUCUCCGGGGCAGGCGAAAGUUUCCAUGGUAUCUCGCCGCUACAGAGCAACCCACAGCGGACAGGAACCUGCCCGUGAGAUUUGCGGACCCUGAUUUCACGCCAGCCGGGCAGCACUGGAAGAACGCGAGGAGCUAUGGCAGCGGGUGGGCGCUGCUGUGCUGUGCCAUGGCGAGCAAGAGGCUGCUCGCGCUCGUGCUCUCCUUCUCCGCACAGUACUCCCGCAGUUGA